AUGGCUUCGUUUGGGGAGUUCCAUUCUUCUGCGGUCCCGCGACCCGCAGGCGACGCUGGGACAGGCCUUUUCGCAACGUCCACCAUCAAGAUGGGCAAAAAUGUAUUCAGCAUACCUGUGACCUUCUCUACGGUGCUGAGCACGGAGAGGCUGGGAGACGCAUGUUCCGGGUGCUUUUCCAAUCUCCCGUUUGGAGCCAACGUCAUGGCGAGCGUCGACAUGAAGCUGAGGGCCUGCUCUGGCUGCAAAGUAGUCAAGUACUGCAGCAAGGGAUGUCAAGCUGAAAACUGGGCACUUAUACACAAGCAUGAAUGUGCUAUAUACAAGAAGCUAUACCCCAAGAUUCUCCCUGUUAACUCAAGGGCAGUGCUCCGGAUCGUGAAGUUGAGAAACUCAAAGGACGCCGACGUUCAGUCGGAUAUGACGAUGUUUUUGGGUCUCCGCUCACAUUUAAAGGAGAUUGCGAGCUCCAAUCAGGAACAGUACGAGCGGAUAAUGCUCUGUGCAAAGGCAGAAAAGGAAUACUCGGGCUCAGGCCUUGACCUCGAAACCAUCGCCGAGUACUUAGCAAGAAUUGAAGUCAACAGCUUCACAUUUACAACUUCAUUUGGAGACCCGCUGGGGCUAUGUAUUCAGCCGUUCGCAUGCUAUAUGAAUCACAGCUGUGACCCUAAUGCCGUUGUUGGGUUUGAUGAAGGGCUCAUCACUGUCAAAGCCUUGCGCAAAAUAAAACCCGAUGAGCAGGUGUUUAUAUCCUACAUCGACAAUACCUACCCUUUCGAGGUUCGGCAGAAGCAGCUUGCUGAAAGGUACUUUUUCACCUGUAAAUGCUCAAAAUGCGUCGAAGGUGUCACCGCUAGGGAAGACCAAUUCAUCUCCCCCAAUCCUUCCUCAGAAGAGGUCGAGACUCUUAAGGAGGCCGAAAAACAAGCAAGGGAAUUCCUCACCACCGCUAAGAGCUCCAAAGGUGAAUCUGCUAUAAAACAACUCAAGGGCGCUCUUAAGGUCUUGCAUGAUACCAAAAUGUGGCCUAUCACCCGGCAGCCAUAUCCAGAGAUACGAUCAGAGUUGAUUGUGUCACUACUCGAUAUAGAGGACUUCUGGUCUGCUUUUAGGCACAGCGCGGUUAGAUACCUGUUUGUUGACCAGAUACUAUAUCCCCAUGAGUGGCAUCCGAUCCGCACCAACCAUGAAUUCGUGUUCUCACAACUAGUCAUGACCCUCGUAAAUCGACACGCGGGACUGAUUCCCAAUGAGAGUAAAUACCACUUCGAUCAGGUAUCGAUUAUUUACCCUGUUCUCGCAAAGCUGAACAAGCACCUGAAGUACGAGUUGCCUAGCGUUGUUAGAGCUUACCAAGAGGAAUAUGAAUCUCUUAUUGCUCCGGUGAAGGAAAUUGGCUAUGAUCCAUCAACACCUUCUGCGGCCAAGGCAAUGGCUCCCGAAUGGAAGAUUGUUGAAGGUAUUGCUGAAGAAACACUGGAGAUUGAUGGAUGA